AAGUUUUGCUUGUGCUUGUCCGCUCUGGCGCCCGCAGCCCGACGUCUCGUCUCGUGACGCCCUGCCAAUUAAAACACCGGCGCGCAUCACGCAUCACAACGCGUCCUCGACUUCCUAAAAGCACCUCCGCCCGCUUCUCCAACCCAGCACGGCGGUUACCAGGACAAAAAAAAAAUAUGCCAUCCACCGAACGGGCUGAGAAGCAAGCUGCUGCGCAGCAGGCAGUCGAUAUUUUGCAUGAGAUAGCAACCAUCCUGAACUGCCAUCUCGACCGCCGGACCCUCUCCAUCUGCAUCUCCAUGAUCGAGAACGGGGUGAGUCCCGAGGCUCUAGCAAAUGUCAUCAAGGAGCUGCGCAAGCAGGGCCAACAGGCUCAGCUCGAAUCUGCAGCAGCGGCAGCAGCGGCAGCAACGCGGCGGCGGUGAAGAUGGGACGUAAAACUGAGCUAUAGCUGUUGGUCUCAAGACACGACUUCCUCCGCAGGCGCUACGGAAUUGCGCAAGGUCUUACCCAUUCACGAAACCCAGCGUUAUGAGUGGCGGCGAAUGCAAGUUGCUACCUACCGGGCGGCUGGGAGAGAGAGGUAGCCCAUUCUUCCGGUAUUCAUCGAUCUGCCUUGGGUCUUCAGGCUUGUCGUAUACAGCACAACCGAGGUACCGAGCUACCAAGGAUGCCUGUACGAUAGCUCCGCAUCCUUUGUGGUCAACGGGGAGGAGAACUCGGGUAUGAGAGCGGUCAAAAGAGAGAGAGA